AUGAAGAAUAAGAAGGGUAGUCGCCGCAACCGCAAUAAAUCAGCAGCUCACAAUAACCACUUACUAGUAGUGGAUAGGUUCACCAAGCUUCCUGAUGAUCUCCUGCUCAACAUCCUCGACCGCCUCAUCACGCCCGACGCCGUCAGAACCUGCUUCCUUUCUAAGAAGACGCUCCACCUCCGACAUUUGCUCUCAAACUUACACGUUUGGUUCACUUCCUUUGUGCCUGAUUGUGGCCAUGUCGCUUUCAAGGAUACAAUUCAGAUGAACGCUGCGGUUGCCGAUGCAACAGACAACAUUCUCACUUUCAGAAGCCAAGAGAUUCCCCUUCGCCAACUCAGCAUAGGCUUCUACUUGAAAUACUACGACUGUCUCACCAUUGGUAAAGCUGUUGCCCGAGCCAUGGCCACCCACAACAUCCAAAGCGCUGAAUUCAUUAUAGUACCAGAGAUUAAGCUACAAUAUUGCACUAUUGAUGAUCGCCGCCACAAUGGGAAGCAUCUGAUGACAUUUUUUUAUGCCUGUACUGAUGCAUUUGCUGGCCUUACACGUCUCUAUCUACGCAACUUAAAGCUUGCUGAAAAUGACAUUCCCAACAUCAUCGCCACAUGCAAACGGCUAGAGUAUCUCCGUUUGUCCAUGUGUCAAAUAGAAGACAGUGUGUUGCACCUGCAGGUGGAACACCCACGGCUUGUUGAGCUUGAUAUCACCAGUGCAGGCUUAGAACUAGUUGAGCUCAACUCCCUACCGAACCUCAAACGGCUGGUUUUUAUUAUGUGGCAAUGUCCCCAAGAACCCUUGUCUUUUGGCAACAUCCCAUUGCUUUCAAGCCUAAGCCUCACUAAUGUAAGCAUGAGAUGGCAAAAGGUUAUCAGAUUAAGUCAGUUCCUUCCUAGUGUCCCCUACAUAAGAGACCUGCACCUCAGCUUCCUAAGUGAAAAGGUUUGGGUUCAGCCAGAGUGCCCGAAACUUUUGUCGCCGGUUCUCCAGAAUCUGCAAUUUUUGAAUCUGGAAAAACUCCCUGAAGGAUGCGAUAUAGCUUGGACAAGAUUCUUCUUCGAGGCUGCACCAAACCUAAAGCAGGUAUGCAUCACGGUUUGGCACCAUUGGUGUGAUAUGGAGACAGACAAGGUGGAACGGGAAGAAGAGGGUUACUGUGACAAAACAAACGUGGAGUGGGAGUCAUCUGCACCUGAUGGUUUCAGGCAUCACAACCUGACUAAGCUCACCAUUUAUGGUUUCCAACCAAAUGAGAACUUCAUGGGAUACAUGAGGCACGUCAUAUUCAAGGUAGAUAAGAGAAGUUUGGACUUUGGUCAAGCCCUGGUGGUGGCAAUAAAGUUUGGUCCAAGCCCUGAGAUGCUCUCAGUGAUGCCUCCAUUCCAGGCACAUCAGGUGUCCAGCGUUGCAUCGAUGGUUCUGCUGAUUGCUAGAGUUCUUGCCUGUGGUCGGAUUUCUCCCUCCCUGUUUAAUCAAGAGAGGUUGUACUUAGUGGCAGUUGGGCAAUUUGACAGGAAAUGGAGACCAGACUCCUCAGAUGAGGAUGACGAGCAAAUAUCAACUUCAAGGAAGGAUUUUAGGUUUGCAAAGUUUGGAGCUUCCAGCGAAGAGGAGUCAGAAGACGAUGAAUUGGAGACGAGAAGUGCUAUCAGGAAGAAAAGGAACAGUGCUGCUUUGAGGAACUGUGAUAUGAAGGAGAGGAGAGUGCUAGGUCUAUGA